AGAACAACACUCUUUCAAGUACACCACCAAAAAAUUAUCAAAAUAUACACAAAAAAUAUACAAAAAAAAAAAGUAAAAACAAUUCAAGUUGGAAAAUUAAAGGUCAAAGGACAUCCUCCAUAUUAAUUCAAGUUCAUAAUUUCACGACUCCCUGUGUGUAUCUACAAAAAAAAAAGACUUUAAAGUCAACAAGAAAGAAAGAAAAAUGUUCAAUAAAAUAUAAAAAAAAAACACCUUUUGUGUGUACAAAGUUUAUAGUAUGCACUUUCCAAUAAUUUAAUUAGUUGAGCUCUUCUACUUGCAAGCUUUUUUAGUUUUGUUAUUCAUGCUGCAAGCAAACUUAAAAGUUGUUAGUUCACGUCUUCGUUGCUUAGCAAAAAAACCUUUUUGUUGUGCCAAACAAUCAUUUGGUUUUUUUCAACAAAAAGAAUAUAGAGCAAAAUCACAAAUGUAAAGCAAAAAGAGUGUCUCGAAAAAAAGACAAAGAGGAACCCUAAAUAGUUUAAACUUACUACUCGCAUUUGCCUAUUAUUAAACUAAAAUACUUCCAAAUGUCUACCUCUGACGAAGAACCACCCGCUCCAAUGGUAAAUGACUUCACAGUUGAUGGCAGUGCAUCGUCAAUCUACGACGAGAUCUACGAUGCCACCGACUACAAGACAAGCUACUAUUCUGAUGUGCGAGUCAAUCAAUAUGCUCAAGCGGUGAUUGACUUUAGUUCACAGUACGGAAGCGAUUAUAGUAUUUCUUAUACAGCCUUGAAUAUUACCGGGCGUCCAUCGAAAUUUCCCGAUUAUGGAGAUUUCCCAGAAACAUUUGCUAUGCGGACAUACGGUGAAUGGUGGGACAUGGCUCCGUCAAGGGUGCAAGAGAUUAAGCCACAAAAUCUACCCAGUAUACCAGCACAUGAUUUUAUUGUUAUAAGUUUUGAGCAAUAUGUUAUUCCUGAGGAAUUGGUUAUUUUCGAAACCUAUAAUCCUGGUGCAAUUGUCCGUAUUUGGGCUCAUACAGCUGCUGAGAAAUGGAUUUGUCUAUGGGAGGUAGCCCCAAAGACUUAUUCCAAUAUAAGUGCCAGUCGAUUUUCCCCACCGCUGAAAAAAAUACUGCUGCCGACCAACACUAUAAGACUGGAAUUUAAUCACAGCCUGUUACACUAUUUCACUGAAAUCGAUGGUGUAGUAUUAGUUGGUAGAAAAUCAAGUGUCUACAACAAUCAGGAUAUUAUAAACUUUUGCAAGACGCGCCAUCGAAAAGGUCGGAUUGUUCGUAAGCUGGAAAGCAUGAAAUUUCGGCCAAAUUUCACAGAAAAUCCACAAAGUUUGAUGGACUUUUUGAAAAAUGAUUUAGAAAAGUUUAUUGAAGAAACAGCCAUGAUCUCGUUGGGUGACAGUGAAUCGAGAGAUCAACAAACAGUUAAACUUGGACUGAGUGAUAUGCCUUUUGAAAUUUUACUAAAUAUUUUCUCGCAUUUGGAUUUAAUAUCAUUGUUUCGUGUGGGCCAAGUUUCGAAAUUCCUCUAUGACGUGUCCACACAUCCAUUACUCUACAGUGAAUUAAAUUUAAAACCAUAUUGGCAUUUGGCUACAUCAGAAUUAUUAUGCACCUUGGCCAAAAGAUCUACUUUAAUGAAAAAACUUGAUAUAUCGUGGUGUGGAUUGUUUAAUUCAAUAUCACCAACUGAGUUUAAAAAGUUUAUUCAACAACGUGGUGAUAAUCUAACACAUUUGAGACUCAACUCAUGUAGAUUUCUAAAUGCAAGUUGUAUUGAAACUGUUGGCAUUGUCUGUGAUAGUCUAAAAGAACUUUCUCUGAGAAACUAUUCCAUAGAUCCGCCUAUCUUAAACUUUUCCUGUUUGGCAAAUCUAAAAAACUUGGAACGACUUGAUCUUUUCCGCACUGUCAUCGAACCCGAUCUCCUAUUAACUAUGCUGGAAAGCAAUCGAAAACUUAAACAUCUUAACUUGGCAUUUUGUGGUAUAGGAGUAAACAUGGACGAUGUUGCAAUACAAAUAGCAAAAUACAAUCAGCAACUGAUAUCACUCGACAUGUGGAAGUCACAUUCACUCUCAUUCAAAGGACUUCAAGCCUUAUCUUUGUGUCAUGAUUUGGAAGAAGUCGAUUUUGGUUGGUGCUUAAGAGAGGAGCCAUUGCCUGGCGAAAGUCUUAAACACUUACUUAUUGGUUGUCCCAAGCUGAAAAAACUAUUUUUGGCUGCUAUUCGAGGUAUAACCGAUCGUGAUGUUGAAAAUAUUGCCAAUUUGUGCCCAAAUCUUGAACAACUUGACCUAAUGGGGGUAUUGGGAAUUUCCACUGAGCGGUGUUAUGAAAUACUUCAAAAGUGCAAGAAAUUGAAGUUACUUGAUUUAAGUUUCUGUGACAAUAUCGAUGAAAACCAAAUUGCUAGAUGGUGCAAUAUGUUCAAAGUAGAUAUCAAGCGAAGCUUUGUUCCACCAGAUUUUCUAACACACUACGACUGAAACAGAAAACAUCAACAAAAAAUCCUCUUUUUAUAAAAAAAAAAAAACAAAACAAAAAAUACAAAAUCAAAACAACCUAGCCAGAAAAUAUCUAUUUUAUUACAAAAGAAAUACACUAUGUGUAGUGGCGAUAUUUUUUUAUUGACAAAAAAAAAGAGAGAAAAAAAUAUAUAUGAAAACAUAUAUUUAUGUUAAGUUAAUGUUGCAAUUGCAACUAUUGUGUGGAAAACAAUUUGAUUUCUUUAAGAAA